AGUUUAGAAAGCUUUUAGCCUGGCUGGGUGUUUGUUUUCGUUAACGCUACUACACGGGACGCACUACUAGAGACAUUGAACGCAUUUUUAAAACCCACAUCUUGCGUUAUCUCUCUCUCUGUGCGUGCGUGCGUGUGUGUUGCGGGGUGAAGUUGACGCUGAGUGAGGCAGUGAUAAUAAUUAUUAUUCCUGCAGGGAGGGUGAAGUUGCUGCCUGCUACUCCUUUCUCCGUGUGUGUGUGUGUGUGUGUGUGUCUCUGCAUUGCAGCCCCCGGCGGCGCUGCUGCUGAUGGAUUUCAAACACACAACAAUGGCGACGCACGGUCCGAGCAACUCAACAACACCGAGUGGCAACAACGCAGGCUCCGCAGUGCACAACCCGCACAACCCGCACCAGCAGCAGCAGCACAUCACCACCGUGAGCAGCAUGCAAGAGUCCAACACCUGCUGGAGAUGUCAGAGUGAAACAGGCUUUCAGAUAAACCUGUCUGGAGCUCCCCCAAGUAAACGUAAAGCCCUGAAGCUGAACUUUGCCAACCCUCCGAUCAAACCCACGACUAGAUUCACACUGAAUACGGCCGGGCCGCCCUUUCAGAACCCGCACAUAGAGAGGCUGAGAACGCACAGCAUCGAGUCGUCGGGAAAGUUGAAGAUCUCCCCGGAGCAGCACUGGGAUUUCACGGCCGAGGAUCUCAAAGAUUUGGGCGAGAUCGGCCGAGGGGCUUAUGGCUCCGUCAACAAGAUGGUGCACAAGCCGAGUAACCAGAUUAUGGCGGUCAAGAGAAUUAGGUCAACGGUCGAUGAAAAGGAACAGAAGCAGCUGCUGAUGGACUUGGACGUGGUCAUGAGGAGUAGUGAUUGUCCUUACAUUGUGCAGUUUUAUGGCGCUCUUUUCCGAGAGGGUGACUGUUGGAUUUGUAUGGAACUUAUGGCUACCUCGUUAGACAAAUUUUACAAAUUUGUAUAUUGCUCAUUAGACGACGUGAUUCCAGAAGAAAUCUUAGGAAGAAUAACAUUAGCUACUGUGAAAGCACUUAACCACUUAAAAGAAAACUUGAAAAUAAUACACAGAGACAUUAAGCCGUCAAACAUCCUCCUGGACAGGAACGGAAACAUAAAGCUGUGUGACUUCGGCAUCAGUGGUCAGCUGGUGGACUCUAUCGCCAAAACCAGAGAUGCGGGAUGCAGACCUUACAUGGCGCCGGAGAGAAUAGACCCCAGCGCGUCCAGGCAAGGCUACGAUGUGCGCUCAGAUGUUUGGAGUUUGGGAAUCACACUGUAUGAGCUGGCUACGGGACGGUUCCCCUACCCGAAGUGGAACAGUGUGUUCGACCAGCUGACCCAGGUGGUGAGAGGAGACCCGCCGCAACUCAGCAACUCGGAGGAGAGGCGCUUCUCUCCCAAGUUCAUCGCCUUUGUGAACGCGUGCCUUACAAAGGAUGAGUCUAAAAGGCCAAAGUACAAAGAGCUACUGAAAGAUCCGUUCAUCCAGAUGUACGAGGAGCGUUCGGUGGACGUCGCCGGUUACGUGUGCAGGCUCAUGGAUCAGAUGCCAGCGUCUCCCAGCUCGCCUAUGUAUAUGGAUUGAUAGCAAGACGACAGGAGAAAACAAAAAAACAAAAAACAACAACACAUCAAUAAAUAUACACAAGUCUGCAACAAUAAAGACAGGAGACACACCAAUAAAAGAAAAAAAAAAAGAAAGGAAAAAAAAACUAAAGUUAAACGAAACAAAUCCUCAUGUAAAUUUGCUUGGUCCCCUUAUUGCAGUGUUUAAAGAAAAAAAAAGAAAAAAAGAAGAGAAUUGUAAAGCAAAAAGAAACACCUGUCGCAAUAAAAGGCGGUGUGUUUCCAUUUCGUUCAUGUCUGUAUAAUAUUAUCAACGUUAACACACUUCUGUUUCUCUCUCUUGUUCACCAACACACACACACACACACACACACACACACACACACUAAGGCUGCUCAAUUAAUCGAAAUUUGAUCUUAAUUACGAUUUAGGGGCCAAAUGAUUUCAAAACUAAUAAAAUAAAUCGAGGGGAAAUGAUUUUUAAUAAUAAUAAUAAUGAGAUAGCGCUCAAUAACAAAGGUUUUAUUUUGAAAAGCUUAGACCGGAAGCCGCCGAAGCAGCACCGUUAGCAUAGAGGCUGAAACACACGGCGAAAUGUUUUAACUGUAAAUAAACGUGCAGAGUUAACUGACUAAUUAUUUAAAAAAAACAGGAAGUGACGUGUGAACUGUCGUCAUGGUAACCAGCUCAGCACUAAUAUCUCUGCACAUUUUUCUGCCGUGUGUUGCGUUCAGCGGCAGAUAAAAGGCUGCUGCUGGGAGAGAAAAUUAAUUAAGCAUGUUUCUAAAGUUGAAAAAAAAAGUUUUAAUAAUCGUGAUUUCAAUUUUGACCCAAAUAAUCGUGAUUAUAUAUAUUUUUUCCAUAAUCGAGCAGCCCUAACACACACAC